AUGGCAAAGGAUAUAGUUAUCGGUGCAUCUUUUGUUCCGGUGUCUGAAUUACUCUCUCAGACAGUGUUUGCCAUGUUUGAUACUGUAAAAUCAGCCAAGGAAGUCCUCAUUCACAAAGAGAACUUCAAAGUAUUUGCUACAUACCUGGAGAGAACAUCUUCUAUAUUGAAAGAGUUGUCAAAGCAAAACAUUGAGCAUUCAGAAGGCCUAGUUAAUGCUUUGGAGAUUGUCAAUCGAGAGGUGGAAGUUGCCAAGCAUCUAGCUCUUGAUUGCAGAAAGAAAAACAAGGUUCAUCUGUUGAUCAAUUGCCGGAAGAUUGUUAAGGCGCUAGAGAGCAGUACAAAAGACAUUGGUAGAGCACUUAGUCUACUCUCACUGCCUUCUUUGGAUGUUUCAUUGGGUAUAAACAACCAGAUUAGCAAUCUAUGCAAGGACAUGUUGGAUGCUGAAUAUAGAGCAGCUGUAGCUGAGGAAGAGAUUUUGGCGAAAAUUGAGCUAGGAUUACAAGAAGGAAAUGCUGAUCUGUCCCACACAACUGAUUUGCUUCUUCGUAUCGCUGAGACUCUUGGAAUCUCUAGUGAGCAUUCUGAACUGAAAAAGGAAUUUGAGGAGUUCAAACGUGAAUUGGAUGAUACCAACUUGAGAAAAGGGUCUGAAGAAGAUUUGCAAAUGGAACAGAUUUGUCACAUUAUAGAAUUGCUUGAAAAGACUAAUGCUGACACAGCUGCUGAGGAGAAAGUGAACGAGUAUUCAGAAAGGUCAGUUUCAUUGGGAAGGCAACCGUUGGAACCUCUUCGGCAAUUUUAUUGCCCUCUCACUCAAGAAAUCAUGGUGGACCCUGUGGAAACUUCAUCUCAGCAGACAUUUGAAAGAAGUGCAAUAGAGAAAUGGUUUGCAGAAGGUAAGAAUCUAUGUCCUUUGACUGAUAUUCCUUUGGACACAUCAGUUUUAAGGCCGAACAAAGCUCUAAAACAAUCCAUUGAAGAGUGGAGAGAUAGGAAUACCAGGAUCAUCAUUGCCUCUAUUAAACCAACUCUUCAGUCGAGUGAAGAGCAAGAAGUGCUUCAAUCCUUAGACAAGCUGCAGAAUCUAUGCUUGGAAAGUGACAUUCACCAAGAAUGGGUGACAAUGGAGGAAUACAUUCCAGUCCUCGUUGGACUUCUUGGUUCAAAAAAUAAAGAAAUAAAAAAGAAUGCUCUUGCCAUCCUAUCAAUCCUUGCGAAAGAUAGCGCAGAAAAUAAGGGUAGAAUCACAGCAGUGGAUAAAGCACUUGAAGCCAUUGUCCGCUCACUUGCACGGCAAAGUGGGGAAAGCAAGGUAGCAUUGCAGCUGCUAUUGGAACUGUCGAAAAGUAGAGUUGCGCGAGAUUUAAUGGGAAAUGUUCAGGGAUGCAUACUGCUCGUAGGAACAAUGUUAAGCAGCGAAGAUGAUCAAGUCACCGGACAUGCAAAAGAGCUUCUAGAGAAUCUUUCUUGCAUUGAUCAGAAUGUUAUACAGAUGGCAAGAGCGAAUUAUUUCAAACCUUUGUUGAAACUUCUUUCUUCAGGACCAGAAGAUGUUAAAAUGGUUAUGGCAGGAACUUUGUCGGAAAUUGAGUUGACUGAUCACAACAAAUUAUCUAUAGUUAAAGAUGGGGCACUAGAACCACUUCUUGAACUGCUUUCAAAUGGUGAUUUAGAGAAGAGAAAAGUGGGUGUUAAAGCUCUUCUUCACCUCUCUAGCUUACCUCAAAAUGGCCUGGAGAUGAUUAGAAAAGGUGCAGUUGGACCACUGUUUGAGCUUCUCUAUUCUCACAGCUCAUCAUCACCAGCCUUGCGUGAGCAGGUAGCCGAAACAGUCAUGCACCUAGCCAUAUCAACCACCACUCAAGAAGCCGCAGAGGAUCAUGUCUCAUUGUUACACUCUGAAGAUGAUAUUUUCAAACUUUUUUCACUAAUAUCUUUAACUGGACCUGACAUACAAAGAAGCAUCCUCAAAACUUUCCAUGCAAUGUGCCAAUCAUCUUCUGGUUUAGACAUCAGAAUAAAGUUGAGACAGCUCUCUGCUGUCCAAGUAUUGGUUCAGUUGAGCGAGGCUGAUAAUCCUACUGUCCGAGCAGAUGCCAUCAAGUUGUUCUCAUGCUUGACAAAAGAUGGUGAUGACAGCACCUUUUUGGAGCAUAUAAGUCAGAGAUGUAUACAUUCCUUGCUAAGGAUUAUAAAAAGUUCUAGUGAUGUGGAAGAGAUGGCUGCCGCAAUGGGUAUUAUUGCUAAUCUUCCAAAGGAUCACCCGCAGAUUACUGGUUGGCUUCUAGAUACCGAGGCGCUUCACAUCAUCUGGACUUGCCUAAGUGAUGGGAAUAGAGAUGCCUCAUAUAGAAGACAAUUAGUAGAGAAUGCUGUUGGAGCUCUUAGUCAUUUCACAGUAGCAUCAAAUCAGGAAUGGCAGAGAAAAGUAGCUCAAGCUGGUAUUAUCCCAGUGCUAGUGCAGCUACUGGCUUCUGGAACUGCUUUGACGAAACAAAAUGCAGCUGUAUCACUCAAACAGCUAUCCGAGAGUUCCAAAAGCUUGAGCAAGCCGAUAAAGCAUGGCAUUUUUGUGUGCUGCUUCUCUGCACCUGAACCUGGCUGCCCUGCACACUUAGGCAUUUGCACAGUUGAAUCUUCAUUCUGCCUAGUAAAGGCCAAAGCUCUUGAUCCACUUGUGAGAAUGCUUGGGGAGGCAGAUGUUGGUGCAUGUGAAGCUUCUCUAGAUGCACUUCUGACAUUGAUAGAUGGUGAAAGACUAGAACAAGGCGGCAAGGUGCUAGACGACGCAAAAGCCAUCGGUCUGAUUGUUAAGCUACUGAGCUCACAGUCUGCCAGGUUACAAAGAAAAUCUCUCAUGGCUUUGGAAAGGAUUUUUCAAGUAAAUGAGUUAACUCUCAAGUAUGGAACUUUAGCUCAUAUGGCAUUAGUGGACAUUGCUCAGAAGAAAAAUAACGACAUGAAAUCUUUGGCUGCCAGGGUACUUGGUCAAUUGGGUGUGCUUGGUAAACAGUCUUCUUACUUUUGA